UUCACAAGUUGUUCACCGGACAGCAGAGGAGCUCUCAUCUGCAGGUUUGCGCUCGCAUUCUUUUGCUCUUCCAAAUUGCUGGGAUUCACUCAGCCUUUUGUCUGCCUCUAUUCAAAAGGUUUUUCUCAGUCCGUUGUCUUCAACAUCUGACUUCUUCACCGAGAUGCUGCCCCUCUCUUUACUUUUGUGUGCCAUUGUGGCGCUGGCAACAGCUCAGGGUGAGGAUCGGCAAUCGGUAUCGACCGCGCGUGUUCUCACCCGCAACCACACGAGAUCGCUGGCAGCAGGCGCUUGUCCGCCUGGCUGGACCCAACACAAGAACCGCUGUUUCUUCUUUGAUGCGACACAAAAGACCUGGGUUCAGGCCGAGGCGCGUUGCCAGGCCAUCGGAGGGAACCUCGCAUCUGUAGUGAGCGAUGACGAAUAUGCAUUCAUUAAGACGCUGACUCAGACUCCCACGUGGCUCGGAGGCUCAGAUUGUCAAACGGCCGGGGCCUGGUUUUGGAUCGAUGGUAUCCAAAUGAAGUGGAGAUUCUGGUGUCCACUAAAACCAGACAACGAGCUGUCACAGUGCUGCAUGCAGAUGAAUGCUGGCGGGGAUACAUGCUGGGACGAUGUGCCCUGUAGCUCCACCCUUCCGUUUGUGUGCGCGAGGUUUCUUCAGGAGAAUCCAAUACGUCAUCUAGCAAGGGAGCUCGUGCCUGGACCGAUACCUCAGGAUGACAGACUGAUACGUCAGGAUGACGAACUGAUGCUGGACUCCAUUGAUUGAGAUGGAACUGAUUCAUACUGUCAUAUGUUGAGCAGAAAUAAAAGCUGAGGCUUUUUAAACAAA